UGAAAACAUCGCAGCUUUCCUAAAAUCUUUAUCAUCGAGAAAUAAUUCAUUUAGUUUUCAAAAGAAAAUGAACAUUUGCUCGCUUAUCAGCAGAUGAACGGAAUCGGGUCUUAAACGAAGGGAAACAUUUUGUGCAUUUUGACAGAAUGGCUGGAUGUGAAGAGGUCGAUCACUCCAUGGAUAGGCUGACCUCGGGUAAAAAAGUGGGCGGGUCCUCGGUAAGAGACGGCAGUGGAAGCCCCUCCCCGUCUCCUCCCCCUGCCCUCCCGGUACCGGAGUGUGCCAUCUGCCUUCAGAGCUGCGUCUACCCGGUGCGGCUUCAGUGCGGCCACGUCUUCUGCUUCCUGUGCGUGAAGGGGGCUUCCUGGCACAGCAAGCGUUGUGCCCUGUGUAGGCAGGAAGUGCCCGAGGACUUUCUGGAUCGUCCUACUCUGCUUUCCCCAGAGGAGCUGAAGGCAACGGCGACAGGAGGGCAGAACCUGGGCGGCCACGCCUGGUACUACGAAGGCCGCAACGGGUGGUGGCAGUACGACGAACGCACCAGCCGCGAACUAGAAGAGGCCUACGGCAAGGGCCAGAAGAGCGCCGAGAUGCUCAUCGCCGGCUUUCUGUACGUAGCCGACCUCGAGAACAUGGUGCAGUACAGACGCAACGAGCACGGCCGGCGCAGGAGGAUGAAGCGCGACGCCGUGGACGUUCCCAAAAAGGGUGUGGCCGGAUUGAGGUUGGAUCCGGAAAUCGCAGCUGGAUCUGGAUCUGUUUCCUCGGCCUUCCCCGUCCCCGCAGCGUCCGAUUCAGCUCCAAAUUCGGUCGCUGGGGUGACGAGCGAUGGCGAGAGAGAGGUCCGGACCGAUAGACGUCUGAGAGAACGAGUCAGAGAUCGGGUUUCUCCGGGCCUCGCCGUCCGGUCGGUCGCAGAUUCGGCGCAGAAUUCGGCAGACGGAGAAUUCGUCGCAAAUUCGGCAGACGGAGAAUUCGUCGCCGAAUCGGCAGACGGAGAAUUCAGGCGGGAGAAUUCGGCAGACGGAGCCGACGUCGCCAGUGCCGUUCGCUCUCAGCCCGCGUUUGCCCUUCCUCCCAGCCGUCCUCCCAUCAUGCCCGGUGGAGACGGAGACGUCCAUCCUCAGCUGGCGCAGGCCUUCGCUCAGCUCAACAUCAGCCGCUCCCGACCCGGAGAGACCGAACAGGAGCUGGACGACGAAGAAAACGAAGAUUCGGCCGCGCCCGACGCGUCGGGCUACGAGUCCGAACCGGGGACGAGCGAAGAGGAGGAUGAGGAAGGUGACGAGGACGAGGAUUCGAUGAGGCACAGACUGCAGCGGAUGGACGGCGGCGUCCGAUCUCGCAGUCCCGAUGGGCAGUGCACGGUCACAGAGGUGUAGCUUUCGGGGUCAUGAGAGGUCACACGUACCUGUUAAUGCAGAGGGGUAAAAAUUCAGAGUAGGACCAAGUUUCUUUAGAAAUACCACGUUUUGGACGACACGUUACCCCAAAUGCUCGUGCGCGAUAUUUAUUAUUUUAGUAUUUAUUAGCAAAUUUAGCCUCCCAAUGGCUUUGCAGGAGCAUGUUUCUGAGGAAGCAUAUGUUGGCCCUCACUCAUCAUACUCAUUAUAUUGUUAGUUGUUGUGCGUCACGGGAGACUCGGCUUUUAGGUAAUGGGUGGAAAUUGGUGAUGGUAGAAUUAUGGGAUGGAAAUAUUCAUUACUAGUGAAGUGAACCUUAACGUAAACACUCAGACAGCCUGCCAGCUUGACGUACUCGGCGGUCAUCACACUAGAUUGCGCUACUUUAUGUUAUGAUAAGUUGUGAUGGAGGUUCUCGACCUUGGGGUCACGACUCUGCUUAGCGUUGCCCAAGAUUUUAAAAGGGCUUCAAUGUAAAAUUCUGGGCAGGUAAAAUAAAAUUGUUGAGUAUUUUAAGGUAGUAAUAAUUUUUAUUGUAAGCACACUGAAACUGAAUCGUUUGGAGCUUCGGUCACUAAUGCUAAAUUGCCAGACGUAACAUAGCGACCACAUUCAUGUGCAUAAAAUCUCGAUUUAAUCUGUAAAAUAAACACGUGCGAUUGGUUUUCUUUCCCCAAAAGGCAGUGGUGGCUGAGUGGUUAAGGUACUGGACUAUUCAUUGGAAGGUUGCUGGUUCCAGCCCCACCACUUCCAUUGUCAGGCUCCUGAGUGAGGCCCUUAAGUCGCUCUGCAUAAACGUGUCUGUGAAGUAAAGGUAGACGUCGAUGCGAGUGUUAAGUGGGACGUGCCGCCCUGCAUGAGCGACAACAUGAUGGACAAUCUUACGCAAAAGUUGGAUGAACUUCUUUUCACUUGGAAAUGUUUGCAGAAGAUUGUGUGUGUAAGUUUUACUAAUUCUGCAAAUCAAAAUAAUGAAAUUCAUCUUAAUCUUUAAAUAUAACAUGAUGUUAAUAACAUUCUGAGCUCGUGAGGUGAGGCGUGGAGUGUCCAGUCUCGUCUGAUAUCGAUUCUGAAUGGAUGUUACCGUUCUCGCAGUAACCAAGCCAAAAUCUCACAGAACAUCCAGACUGGCUUUCACUGCUGGAUCAGAACUUCCUUCUACUGCAGCCUGGUGGAUACUGAACCGAACCACAGAAAACACCUCCGUAUAAGGACUUAAGUAAACAGAAUAACCAGGGUUUGUUUAAACAGAUUCUACUCGCUCAAGCAUUUGGGGUGAAGUUCAUUUGGCUAACACUUUAGGAGUCGGGAACAGAACUUUCUGUGGACUAGUCUGAUUUUUACAGCUUCUACAUGCAAGUACACUGCAGCUCCGGCCUGGAUUUCUCUCUCUAUCUGCAUCCUUAUUAUUAUUAUUAUUAUUAUUACUAUUAUUACUAUUAUUAUUAUUCAUACAGAUGUGUAGAUCUGAUAUAUAAACAGUCAUAUGCACAGGUUUAAACACUCCUGGAUAAACUCUAGUUUUUUUUUAUCAGUAAAAAACAACCGCCUGCACACUUAUGCACAAUUACUGUUUAUUUACUGAAUAACAAUAUUGGAAAAAUAUCGGAUGUGGGAUGUGCAAAAAAAAAAAUCUUUUUAAACUUCCUUUAAUUAAACUAAUAAAUAGAACUCGUGCUCUCUGUACGUCAUGUAUAUGGUGUGUUAAAUUAUGUUCACUCUUAAGAUUAACAGUAAGCUUUGGGUGUCCAAGCUUUUGCACCAGACUGGAAAUGACAUUGAUCCGUGUAGAUAUAACGAGCUGGUGAGUGUGAAUGUCUGAUCACCAGGGUUUCGGUUUAAUGACGUGUGAGACGGAACUGUGGCACCGCUAACGAAUCUCAGAACAAGCCAAAAAAUCAUCUCACGACGAGUUUCCUUCAUGCUGAUGGAGCCGAGACAGAGGGACGGGGAGGAGAUGGGAUGGUGGUGUGGAGAUGGGUGGGAUUUUUGUGUUUGAAUUAUUGUGUGUGUUCUUCAGUAGCGGAUGGGUUUGAGUUUUGCAGGUUCUUUUCUGUCUGCUUUACUGUAUAUUUAAUCAUUUGAUCAUUUAACUGUAAUAAAAUAUGAAGCUGAAAUGAA